AUGGCAAAUUUCCCCGGAGGUGUGUUUUACCAGCUACUGAUGUACAUAAUAUCGGAUGCACAGAGCUACAUGUGCCAAACAUACAAUAGGUGUGAAGGAGUCAGUGGCAUGCAUAAUAAACUCUUUGAGGGCUGGGUGCAUCCUAAUACAUAGACAUUUGUACACUGUUCUUGAAUACCUCUACAUCUGCAGUGCUGCUGUAAGUGUCCUAUUUCUAUGGUGUACAGUUUCAGUGGAUGUGUCCAAAUUUCACACAUUGUAGCUCUCUAGAAUAUCCAUACAUAUCCCAUAUUUAGAGUGUCAUAAUAAUACAUUACUGUAUAUAUGUAACUUAUCGUAUCUACCAUCUACAUGCACAUUACAGGACAUGUACAAGAAGAUGGUAGAGAUAGACGCAGCGGAGCCGACAGAGGAGGAGCACGCACAGCAGGCCAUCACGAAGCCACGCUACAUGCAGUGGAGGGAGACGAUCUCUUCGUCUUCCUCUCUGGGCUUCAGGAUAGAGGGGAUCAAGACGUCGGAGGGGAACUCUCUGAAAGAGUUCAAGACCACCAAACUGGAGGAGGACGUCAAGUGUGCUCUCAGAGACUUCAUUUCAGAGAACCCAUGUGUCAAGGAGCCGUUCUUGAGAAGGUUAUGUGACAUUCGGGCAGCAAUGGAGCAGUCAGAGUUCUUCCGACGACACGAGGUGAUUGGAAGCUCCCUACUGUUUGUCUACGACAGCACUGAUCUGUGCAGUGUCAAUCUCAUUGACUUUGGCAAGACCAUCCCCCUGCCCGAAGGAGCCUCCAUUGACCACCGCUCCCCGUGGGUGGAGGGGAACCACGAGGACGGGUAUCUGUGGGGGCUGGACAACCUCAUCCGACUGUGGAAAGAGAUCCAAUUCGAACACUACGCGAGCCCCGCGAAGCACCGGGCGGCUUACAGACGCAGCAUCAGUGCCAUGGCACUCUAACAAGAGGCCGUGCUUGUCGUAGGAGAAACAGAGCUCCACCUGAAGUAUACUUGAGCUGGGGCUGACCAGAGCUUUAUAUUUAUCGUGUGCCGCACCGCAUCGCGUUGUUUUUUGAGCAACCAUUCUAAGUCGGAUAUUAUUCUCCCCAUCUUGUCCGUGUUAGCAUCGUACGUGUAACCGCCUGUUGUUUCGUAUUGUGUGCCGUGUGUCAGUGUGUGAAUUAUUGAGCAAAACCUUUCGUAGUUUAUAUAAAAUCAUACCGAAUUAUAUAGCAAUGUGCCAGUCGUUGCACAUAGAUUAUGUGGCUCUUGUUUGGAUUCUCUGAUUCCCUCCCUCCUCCUCCUCCUCUCACCUGACGUUUCCCUGUCACCAGAUCAGUUAUAUGAGCGAGCAACAAUGAUUAUAUACGCAUCUGCCCUUUUUUUCUCACAUUUGGUUUCAUUUUAUCUUCAUCAAUUUUGAUGUAAACAUAUUGUGUUAGUCUGCACAGCAUCAAUAUUUUAUCCAAUGCUAGUAUAUACUGCAAACACUUACACGAAAAAGCAAGC